UAGGAGCAGCCCAGGGACUGACAGCUCAGGAUAGGUAGGGAUACAGACCUCAGGCGCAUGCAUGCCCCUUGCAUGUGUACACAGAUGAAAGCCCAUGCUGAUUUCAUACACUGAAAUUCAAGCCAGUGUCAGAGGUACCAGGUGAAGACAGCAAAGAACCUUCUCUUAAAAGAGAAUACUGAAGGUAGAACUUUUCAGCCACUGUUUGUAAGAAUCCAUCAGGAGAAGCAUCACAAUCAUGAAUGGGCCAGUGGAUGGUUUAUGUGAUUACACGCUGGAUGAUGAAGGGGCUUUCAUGUUCACGUCAGAAUCAGUGGGAGAAGGACAUCCAGAUAAAAUCUGCGACCAAAUCAGCGAUGCUGUACUAGAUGCCCAUCUCAAACAGGACCCAAAUGCCAAGGUUGCUUGUGAGACAGUGUGCAAGACAGGGAUGGUUUUGCUCUGUGGGGAAAUCACAUCUCGAGCUAUUGUGGAUUACCAACGAGUUGUCCGAGAUGCAAUUAGACUCAUUGGCUAUGAUGAUUCAGCUAAAGGCUUUGACUACAAGACUUGUAACGUUUUAGUGGCACUGGAACAGCAGUCACCUGAUAUUGCCCAAGGUGUUCAUCUACACAGAAAUGAAGAGGAUGUUGGUGCUGGAGAUCAGGGUUUGAUGUUUGGUUAUGCAACAGAUGAGACAGAAGAAUGUAUGCCUCUAACAAUUAUUCUUGCUCAUAAACUGAAUGCCAGGUUAGCAGAGCUGAGGCGAAAUGGAGAACUUCCUUGGCUGAGACCUGAUUCUAAAACACAGGUCACAGUUCAGUAUAUCCAGGAGAAUGGAGCAGUGAUCCCUGUCCGUGUUCACACCAUUGUGAUAUCUGUGCAGCACGACGAGACCAUUACUCUGGAGAACAUGCGCAGGACGCUGAAGGAUCGCGUCAUUCAUUCCGUCGUCCCUGCAAAGUACCUGGAUGAAAAUACAGUUUAUCACCUUCAACCCAGUGGGCGUUUUGUUAUUGGAGGACCUCAGGGUGAUGCUGGUGUUACUGGUCGAAAGAUCAUUGUGGACACUUAUGGUGGCUGGGGAGCCCAUGGAGGUGGUGCCUUUUCUGGCAAGGACUAUACCAAGGUGGAUCGAUCGGCAGCGUAUGCGGCCCGUUGGGUGGCCAAGUCUCUUGUGAAAGCUGGGCUCUGUCGCCGUGUUCUGGUGCAGGUUUCUUACGCCAUUGGGGUAGCUCAUCCAUUGUCCAUUUCCCUAUUCACUUAUGGAACUUCCCAAAAAACAGAGAAGGAGCUGCUGGACAUUGUGCACAAAAACUUUGAUCUUCGGCCUGGAGUCAUUGUCAGGGACUUGGACCUGAAAAAGCCCAUUUACCAGAAGACUGCAUGUUAUGGUCACUUUGGAAGAAAUGAAUUCUCAUGGGAGGUGCCUAAGAAACUUGUGUUUUGACAUUAGCAGUCACCCUUUAAAAACAGAAAGCAAGAGAAGUCCACUAAUGAUGAGGAUGCUUCCAAAAAUCAAAUUUGACACCUUUGUAUUCAACAAAAGGAAUUUUAGAUUUUAAAUGGAAAGAAAGAAAAGGAUAUUUUCUUGGAACUUGAUUUUUUUUAACCCUCAGUGUCUUUCACUAUCCAAGAUGUAAAGGACAGAGCCUGUUUUUUUAAUCAGCAGAAGACAGCAAAAUACAGUUUACCUUUUAUUGCCACUCUGUUGCUUCUUUUGAUAAAGGCAAAAUAUGACUCAGAUACCCAAACCUGUGGCUGAGCCUCAAACCUUUCAUGGGCAAAGACUUUCUCACCUCUACUAAGGAUCAGCAGAUCUCUUGCUUCUAAUUAGACAAAAAGGAAAUUCUGGGGUCCAAUUUCCUUACUGGUGUUAGCAUUGCAUAGAGCUGGGGGUUGCUUUACUGGGAGAAGGCUGGAUAUCACAUAACUGCAUGGCAGCCUCUUUUGUAGAAGGUGUCAACAUGUAUGUAAUAUUUAAAUCACAUUCACUGGGGAUGUGCUGUUACUGGUGUGUUUCAAUUACCUGGGGUUUUGAAACACAAGUGUUCUUCUAUAAAACAAAGAAUGAUAGAAUAAAAAUCUUUUUCCUA